GAGACGGCUGUGGAUGGCUCGGGAACGGGAGAUUUUCUUUUCUUUUUUCCUGUAGGGUGUGAAUGAUAAAACAGCCAUGCCUCCCCCAGCUGACAUUGUGAAGGUUGCCAUUGAAUGGCCCGGUGCCAAUGCUCAGCUCAUAGAGAUGGACCAGAAGAGACCUUUGUCCUCCAUAAUUCGGGAAGUAUGUGAUGGCUGGUCUUUGUCAGGCUCAGAGCAGUUUGCGCUGCGUUAUGCCGACGGCCCUCAGCUUUACAUCACCGAACAGAGCCGAGGUGACAUUAAAAACGGAACCAUCCUUCGAUUAGCAAUUUCCCCUGGUCGUGCUGCUCGUCAGCUCCUGGAGAGGAUCCAGUCUCAUGGUAUUGACGCUCGCCUCGAGGCUCUAAAAGAGCUGGCUAAGCUGUCUGCAGACCCGACGUUUGCUGCAGAGUUCUUAAACAUGGAGGGCAUCGGGACUCUGGCUCGCCUUGUGGAGAGCGGUACCCACUUUGGGGAAAUGUUGGCCUUCACUCUCACUGCUUUCCUGGAGCUGAUGGAUCAUGGCAUUUUGUCCUGGGAUCUUAUCUCCCUCUCAUUCAUCAAGCAGAUUGCAGGCUAUGUGAACCAGCCGAUGGUGGACGUGUCCAUCCUGCAGCGCUCCCUGGCCAUCCUGGAGAGCAUGGUCCUGAACAGCCACAGCCUGUAUCAUCGGGUCGCCCAGGAAAUCACCGUGGGACAGCUCAUCGGGCACCUGCAAGUGUCAAACCAGGAAAUCCAGACUUAUGCCAUCGCUCUCAUCAAUGCUCUUUUCCUGAAGGCACCAGAGGACAGACGGCAGGAGGAGUAUACUAACCCACUGGAGCAGCACCUCACUGAAAUGGCAAGCACUUUGGCUCAGAAACACCUUCGAUCCAUCAUCUUGAACCAUGUCAUCAGAGGAAAUCGACCAAUCAAAGCAGAAAUGGCACAUCAGCUGUAUGUGCUGCAGGUAUUGACCUUCAACCUAUUGGAGGAAAGAAUGAUGACCAAAAUGGACCCCAAUGACCAGGCUCAGAGAGACAUUAUUUUUGAGCUGCGUCGGAUUGCUUUUGAUGGUGAAAACGAUCCCACUGGUACAGAGAAGAGGAAAGCCAUGUACACCAAGGACUACAAGAUGUUAGGAUUCACUAACCAUGUGAACCCAGCCGUGGAUUUUACCCAGACUCCUCCUGGGAUGCUGGCUCUGGAUAACAUGCUGUAUCUGGCCAGAGUUCAUCAGGAUACGUACAUCAGGAUUGUUCUGGAAAACAGCAGCCGGGAGGAUAAACACGAGUGUCCCUUUGGUCGCUGUGCCAUCCAUCUGACUCGGAUGCUCUGUGAGAUACUCCAGGUUGGAGAACUGCCGAACGAAGGCUGCAACGAUUAUCACCCCAUGUUCUUCACCCAUGACCGAGCAUGGGAGGAGUUCUUCUGCGUCUGCAUUCAGCUGCUCAAUAAAACCUGGAAGGAGAUGAGAGCUACAGCUGAGGACUUCAACAAGGUGAUGCAGGUGGUCCGUGAACAGAUCACCAGGGCUCUGGCCAUGAAGCCGUCAUCUAUAGACCAGCUGAAGAAUAAACUGCGAGGCCUCAGUUAUUCAGAGAUUCUGCGUCUGCGACAGUCAGAAAGGAUGAGCCAGGACGACUUCCAGUCUCCACCCAUCAUUGAGCUGCGGGAGAGAAUUCAGCCUGAAAUCUUAGAACUCAUAAAGCAACAACGACUCAACCGUCUGUGUGAAGGAAGCUGCUUUCGUAAACUGGGAAACCGUCGGAGGCAAGAAAAGUUUUGGUUCUGCAGACUGUCUCUUAAUCACAAAGUGCUGCACUAUGGGGACUUAGACGAGUCACCUCAGGGUGAAGUGCCUUUUGAGUUACUGAGCGAUAAGAUUCCUGUCUCGGAUAUAAAGUCUGUGUUGACGGGGAAGGACUGCCCUCAUAUGAAAGAGAAAAGCGCUCUCAAACAAAACAAGGAGGUGAUGGAGUUGGCCUUCUCUGUCCUCUAUGAUCCAGACGAAACGCUCAAUUUUGUUGCCCCCAACAAGUAUGAGUAUUGCAUCUGGACUGACGGGCUGUGUGCGCUGCUGGGCAGGGAGAUGGGCAGUGACCUGACACGCAGCGACCUAGAUACUCUUAUAAGCAUGGAGAUGAAGCUCCGCCUCCUUGACCUGGAGAACAUCACAAUCCCAGAAGCUCCUCCUCCCGUGCCAAAGGAGCCUAGCUCUUACAACUUCACCUACAACUACAGCUGAGAUGUGUGUUUCUGUGUGCGCCUGAUGCAUGCAUGUGUAGAUUAAGGAUUGUUUUAUUCAUCUUUUUGAGAAGAAAAGGCCAGUUUGAUCUGUGUUUGUCAUACAGUGCAAUUGCCCGACAUCCAAAUAGCUUCAAAGAAAAACCAGAGGUCAAAGUUCACCACCGUGCUAAAUUUAGUUUAGCCUCCAAUUUUAAUGUUUUCUAAUUCAAAAGCAGAAAUAAAAUAUGAAGUCAAAAAAUCAAAACCUUCUUUUACCGUAGAGGAAGGAAAAUUGGAUCAGCCAAGCAAUGUGUGGUUUCCAUGGCAACAGAGGAAGUAGCCAUCAUUGCAUUUUAAGUCCUGUAUUUGCUCAAAAACUGCUUACCGCUCUAAAUGUGCAGCAUUACAGAACAACGUAGUCAGUUUAACUUAUUUUAUACAUUAUUGUUACCAUUUAAUUGAGAAUUUAACCACUAAUGAUCUUUGUACAGUAAACAAGCUCCAAAAAAUGUCACUAAAUGGGACUAAAAUUAACCCAAGUCCAGAUGCUGAAUCUUUAAAUUCAGAUCAUCACGCAUGGUCUGUUGUUGUUUUAAACUUCCCUGUUCUCAGCCCAAAUUCGGCUCAGGUCCCGGCCACAUUUGGUGAGCGGCACCGGAUGGGUACGAGCAGAUGGCAAAGCACAACCAAGUUUGCAGACUGAGCUUUAACUGGCCCGGUUCGUUUUGUUUUACUGCCAACUACUGUGUCGCUCACACGCUUCA